AUGCGGACCCUCCGACUGAACGCUGGGGGUGGAACCACGGUGUCACAAAACCAAAGUAUGAUGGCGGUUGAGCAAGUAUGCCCCCAUCGUUUAGUGGUUCAGGACAUCACUCUUUCAAGGAGGCAUCGGAGAUUUGACUUCCCCUAG